GAAGUGGCAAUACAGGAAGGGGCUCUGGUACUUCCGGCUGCUGACUGUGGGUCAGGCGUGCGGGGCACGUGGGGGGCACUGCUCUCUCUCUCUCUGUGUGUAGGUGUAGGGGCCACCUGUGUGUGUGUGUAGGUGUAGGGGCCACCUGUGUGUGUGUGUGUGUGUGUGUGUGUGUGUGUGUGUGUGUGUGUGUGUGUGUGUGUGUGUAGGUGGGGGAUGGGCAGCAUUGGGCCUGGGGGCUUUUUUGGGAGAUAACCCGUGUGCUGUGCCCACCCCGCACGAUGGCGGCCCAGCCGGGGCCCCCGAGCCCCUGGGUGCCGGAGCGGCCCGCGGGCGACGAGCUGACGGCCUCGGAGCGGUGGCGCUGGCGCUUCCGUGUCUUCCGCUACCAGGAGGCGGCGGGGCCGCGGGAGGUGUGCAGCCGCCUGCGGGAGCUGUGCCGGGGCUGGCUGGAGCCCCAGCGCCGCAGCAAGGAGCAGAUGCUGGAGCUGGUGGUGCUGGAGCAGUUCCUGGCCGUCCUGCCCCGGGAGAUGCAGAGCUGGGCGUGGGGGCACGACGUGGAGACGUGCGCCGAGGCGGUGGACGUGGCCGAGGCGUUUUGCCUGGGGCUGGUGCCGGACGAGGAGCCCGAGGUCGCGGGGCACAGGCCGCUCCAAGACGCGGACGUGGAAGGACCAGGAGCACGGCCGGAAACUGUCUGCACCUGGCAGGAGCCGGCACGGUCCCGUCCUGAGCACGCGCCCCUAGAGGAAGCAGGAUGGGGUAAAACCCCAGGGCCCCAGGAGGAGCUGCCUCCUGUCCCCACAGACAAGUCCGCGCCCCGGCAGGAGCCAGCAGGUGCAGGGACCCUGAGCACAGCUGAGGAGCAGCCUGCUGAGGAUGGGCCUGUAAACCUGGAGCUGCUGAGGCCAUCCCCAGGAAAAUCAGGGGAGAAGGGACUCCUGACGCCUGAGCUGGACCAAGUGCAUGAGGAGCAGGGCAGGUGCCCACAACAGCGAGAUGACACAGCCGUGAACGAGCUCCAGGAGGCAUUUGAGGACGUGGCUGUGUAUUUCACGCAGAAGGAGUGGGAGCUGCUGGAAGCUGGAGACAAGGAGCUGUACCGGGACCAGAUGCUGAGGAAUUACCAAGCCCUUGUUUCCCUGGGGUAUCAAGGUCCUGCACCGGACUUAAUUUGCCGCAUCCAGCGAGGGGAGAUGGAGCUCUGGGUUGGUGAUAAGAAGGCAGCUGGAGAAAGCUCGUUAUCUGAGGACUUGUCCCCAGAGAGCCUAACUCACGGGAAAACCCCAGUUGCCACAAGCAAUUUUAUCACAGCAAGAAACGCUUCUUCCAGAAUAGAAAAUCGGGACAAAUGUAUAUCCUCGUGGCUUAACCCUGCAACAAAAGUGAUCUCACGCAACACCCCCAGAGAAGGAAGUGGCGCUUCGGAGAAGCAGCUCCUAGAAACACCAGAGGGAUGGGGACAGGGACGGAGGCCUCUAACAGCACUUACAGAAAACCACAGAAAUGUUCCACUUCAAAACCAGAAUGCCCAAGGACCAGAAGGCCAGAAGAACCGAGCAAAAAGGCAUGGUAAAAAAAAGAUAAAACCUCAUGGUUGCUCAGAAGAAAACAUACCACCAGACCCUGGGAGAACCACCCAUAAAAAGACAAGGCUUCACAGUACCAAAGCUGGUGAAUUGAGGUUGGUGAAUAAGAAACCCACGACAGACUGCACACGCACUAUAGAAAAGCCAGAGGAGGAGGAGGAGAAUCUUCAUCUGCUUUUGAAAGAUCAUGACUAUUUUGAACACCAAAAGAGGAUUGCUUUGGGAGGUGUGGGUGCCCAUCUUGCCUUGAAAGACCAUGAUUAUUUUGAAAGCACAAAGAGCGGGUCUUUGGCAGGUGUUGGCAGGCAUAUAUAUUUCAGAAAUAGUGCACGGAGUGCUUUGAAAGAUCAUGAUUACUGUCAGAGCAAAAGGGCCUCUUUUGUACAAAGAAGAGGUGGUCUGCGUGGAAUGCAUCAUAGGAAGGGAGGAGGUGAUAAACCCUGGGAUACAAAUGGAAGGCUUACCAGCAAGUGGUUUGAAGGGCAAAAAAUAAGGGCCUGGCUAAAGAUGAGAAUGAGGAAGGCUAAAAACCUGUUGAGAAAACAUAAGAAAUCCCCUAGAGAUGGUGCUGGUAGUAGGUGCAUUUUAGAAAACCGAUUGGAGAGUCCCUUGAAAGCUUCCCCUCCUCCAGAGCCUGUGGAGUUAGAGAACAGGGAUGGAGACCAUGAUUUAAAUGACCCGUUGGAGAGUCCCUUGAAAGCUUCCCCUCCUCCAGAGCCUGCGGAGUUAGAGAGCAGGGAUGGAGACUGUGAUUUAAACGACCAGCUGGACAGUCCCUCGGAAGCUGAUCCUCCUGGAGCUGUGGGGGUUAGUUUGCCAGACGUACGUGUGGUGCGGGUGAGAAGGCAGGACUGGCCCGUAGCUAGGUUUGGAGCCGCAAGGUAUACCGAAGAGUUCCGCUUCGUAAAUCUGGAGCUUGUGCCGCUACACGUGGCAUACAAAGCUAUAAGCGAGGGGAUAGAACAAAUCAUAGCCGACCUCCACGCGAAAUUCACGCCUGCCGACUAUGCCCAGGUACGCAUUGAGGCAGAGACCGCGAGGAACUGCUUAUAUUCUCGAACCGUUCGUUUAAAUCAGAUGACCACUGACCUGUUUGUAGAGUGGCUCAGAGACCUGUCGCAAAGCCAGAGAGAGAUACGCUUUGAUUCGACGUUCUGGCUGGUCGCGGUUGUUGUAAGAGGAGUAGGCGGCGGUGGGCGAAGAGUGAUAAAUUCUAUCCCCUACUCCGAACUCAUCACUAGAAAAAGGAAGUAUUUAAUCGACCUGAAUACCUUUGAUACUAAUCUGUGUUUUGCAGGCAGUCUUUUGGCUCUCACAACACACAAAGGAGCCACAGAUGCUGUACUGCUAGCUGGUGCAAACCAGCUGCACAGAAAACUGGAGUGGCCAGCUCAGAAAAAGGUCAUGCUCAACGAAGUAGCAUUGUUUGAAGACCUUGUACAAGUUAACAUUCAUAUCGUAAUGCAUAAGGAGGAAAAGGGCUGGGGCUUAUUUAAAACAUACAGCUUUCCCAGGUACCCCAAUACCUGCUUCCUUCUGCUGCACGAUGGACAUUAUUAUGGCGUCAAGGAUGCGAGAAAGUUAUUUGGUGUGAGAAAUUACUGCGAUCUUUGCCACGCGUUGUAUAGUCAUAGCCACAAGUGCAGGUUCUGGUGCCGCCUCUGUCUGAGCCCCGGGUGUGCAGACAACGUGGGCGUAGCAGAAAAAUGCCCUACCUGUAAACUGGUCUGUCGGUCCAAAGAGUGCAUAGACAGGCACACGGCUCUGGCCUCCGAAAAACAGAUUGACUGUCUCUCUAAAACGUGGUGUUACGCGUGUCAGUCAUAUGUGGACAAAGACCACGAGUGCAACAACAGGCAGUGCAAGCAGUGUUAUGGGCAGAUCUCUGAUGCAGACAAGCACCGGUGCUUUAUGCGCAAGAUUACAACGCCUGAAAUAGGCACUGGGUACAUUUGCUAUGAUUUUGAAUGUAUCCAGGAGACCGAGAUGCAUGUGCCCAAUUACAUUUUUGCAAUGAAGCUAGCUCCAGAAAAACCUUGGGAAACUGAGGCCAAAAAGGCAGAAGAUAAUUGGGAAUUUAAGGGUAAAUGGUGUGUCUCUUACUUUAUUAAGGCCUUUAUCACUAAAAGGUUCCAGGGCUACACCUUCAUAGCUCACAACACCAAAGGCCGUGACAACUACUUCAUAGUUAGCCAGCUGUCGAAGGAAAGGAAGGGUGUGAAACUCAUCGCCCAGGAAGGUAAACUCGUGUGUAUUGAAGUGACCAGCCUGGGUAUCCGUUUCAUAGACUCUUCAAACUUCUUGCCAAUGAAACUUAACAAGCUUCCGCAGGCGAUGGGAUUUGAAGGAUGUAGAGGGUAUUUCCCUCGUCGUUUUAACACGCCAGAAAACCAGGAUUACGUGGGACCUCUCCCGGAGGCACGGUACUACGGAGUUGAAAGUAUGAUGCCUUGCGAAAAGGAAGAAUUUCUAGAGUGGUACCGGGAGAACCGUGAUAAGACCUUUGACCUGCAGAAGGAACUGGCCUAUUAUUGCCAGCAAGAUGUGAAAAUGUUGAUGGAGGCCUGCCGGCUCUACAGGAAGGAGAUUAUGAAGAUGACACGGCAGGGAGACACGAUGGAGAAGACGGGUAAACUCGUGACCAGUUGCUGCAUAGACCCCUUCCAGUACAUCACGCUGGCAUCUGUCUGCAUGGCCACGUACAGGUUUAUGUUUUUGAAACACGAGACCAUAGCGCUCCUGCCCCCGGACAACUAUCACAGACAGAGAAAGAGGUUGUCCAGCCCCUCUACUCAAUGGCUAAUGUACAUAUCGGAGAAAGAAAAUAUUCCAAUCCAGCAUGCUUUACAGGGUGGAGAAUUUCAGGUAGGCCCCUAUUUUUUAGACGGCUAUGCCAAUAUUGAUGGGAAACAGAUGGCCUUUGAAUUUAACAGCUGCUUUUUCCGUGGCUGUCUCAUCUGCUACUACGAAAAAGACUGGAACCCACUGAUGGGGACAACCUAUGGUUUUCUGAAUUACCAGACACUGUACAAAACCGAUUACCUCAAGAGAGCAGGGUUUACUGUCCAGACCGUUUGGGAGCACGAGUGGAGGGCUCUGUUACAAUCGGACAGGAAGCUUACUGAUUUCCUAAGCAGAACCCAGCUGCCUUCUCCUCUGGUGCCUAGGGACGCUCUCUUCGGGGAAAGAGCUGAGGCUAUCUGUCUCUAUUACAAGACUAAACCGGGUGAACAAAUACACUAUUACAAUUUUACCGACCUCUACCCCUUCGUAAGCAGAACGAAGGAAUACCCCGUCGGGCACCCUGAAAUCAUCGACAACGACUUCGGACCCCUGUCGAGCUAUUUUGGAAUCGCCAAGGUGAAAUUGUACCCACCGCGAGGCCUCUUUUUCCCCGUGCUACCUGUCAAGGUGAAUAGGACAGUUAUGUUCCCGCUGUGCCGUGUCUGUGCGGAAACAGGCCAGCAAAAGUGCGCGCACACUGACGAGGAGAGGGCCCUCGUGGGCACGUGGUGCACUCCAGAGUUGAACAAAGCAGUCGAGAAGGGGUACAAGGUGGCUAAAAUCUAUGAAGUCUGGCAUUUCAGCAAGACGACUAACGCACUUUUCUCACAGUACAUCAAUCUGCACCUCCGACAGAAACAGGAAGCCUCAGGCUAUCCUGCCUGGUGUACCGACCAAGACAAACGAGACCAAUACGUGGCUGAUUUCUUCCAAAAAGAAGGCGUAUCUUUACGCCAAGAGCAUAUUAAACCCAACCCUGCAAAGCACCAAAUUGCAGAAUUGUUUCUAAAUUCUUUGUGGGGGCAAUUUGGCCAGAGGACAGACCUCCCGAACACCACCACCGUGAGAGACCCCGGUGAACUCUUUGGCUACCUUUUUUCUCCCAGCUACGACGUUUUAUCUUGUGACUUCAUCGACGACGAGACGGCCUGCGUGUUGUGGAAGCAUGCCAAAGAGUGUUACAAGCUCUCGGACAGCACUAAUAUCUUUAUAGCCAGUUUUACCACCGCUUAUGCACGCUUAGAGCUGUACGAGCUGCUGGACAGGUUGCGAGACCGGUGCCUGUACCACGACACCGACUCCGUGAUAUUUGUGAGCCGCAAGGGGGACUGGAAGCCUCCGCUCGGCGAUCGUUUGGGCGAGCUCACGAGCAGGAUCCCGGCAAAUGAACACAUCACCGAGUUUGUUUCUGCAGGCACGAAAACCUACGCGUAUAAGCUGUCAGGAGGAAAGGCCUGCUUGAAGGUCAAAGGCAUUACGCUGGAUGCGGCCAAAUGUGGGAAAGUCAGCUUUGAGACCUUGAGAGAUCUCAUUCUAGAUGCCAUAGUGACCCCCGGCAGGGACACCCCUAAAACAAUCCCGACGCGGCAGCGCUCUGUCCUCGGGCCCAGAGAGGUAGACAACACAAACCAAGGCCUUUCAAACGCAGCAAGUCCUUUAUGACGAGGGUCCUCGCAGGAAACUUUAAGAGCCUCCCAUAUGGUUUUUGAUCAUGGAGACACGGUGCCCUGUGAUUCUCAACUCUAGCAAAAGUCACUUUAUAAAAAAAAAUAUAUAUAUAUUUUGUGGUGCUAUAACUGUUUGGCAGCCCAAACAGUGUGUAAAGAGCUACUUUAUCAAUACCUUUUUAUCAAAUUUAUGAAGGGAUUGCCGGACAGUCUUAAUGACAAUCUUAAUAAAGUAAAUACGACUGUG